AUGGCUGACCAUCUUUUGCAUUACAACGACUCAGCUGGAGUCGGGAACCGAUUCGCCCGCAAAGGUGCUUUGCGGCAGAAAAACGUGCACGAAGUGAAAAACCACAAAUUUAUUGCGAGAUUUUUCAAGCAGCCGACGUUCUGCAGCCACUGCACAGACUUCAUAUGGGGAUUUGGGAAACAAGGAUUCCAAUGCCAAGUCUGCUGCUUUGUGGUCCACAAACGGUGCCAUGAGUUCGUCAGCUUCUCCUGCCCCGGAGCCGACAAGGGCCCCGACACAGACGACCCCAGAAGCAAGCACAAGUUCAAGAUUCACUCGUACGGCAGCCCCACCUUCUGCGACCACUGCGGUUCGCUGCUGUACGGCCUCAUCCACCAGGGCAUGAAGUGCGACACCUGCGACAUGAAUGUGCACAAGCAGUGUGUGGUCAACGUGCCGAGCCUGUGUGGAACCGACCACACGGAGCGCAGAGGUCGCCUCUUCCUGAAGAUCGAGGUCAGCGGCGACCGGCUACACGUCACAGUGGGCGAAGCGAGGAACCUGAUUCCAAUGGAUCCAAAUGGUUUAUCAGACCCGUAUGUUAAGCUCAAGCUCAUCCCAGACCCAAAGAACGAGACCAAACAGAAGACCAGGACCAUCCGUUCAUCUCUCAACCCCUGCUGGAACGAGUCCUUCACAUUUAAGCUGAAGGCAUCGGAUAAGGACCGCCGUCUGUCCAUCGAGAUCUGGGACUGGGACCGAACCACCCGCAACGACUUCAUGGGGUCCAUGUCGUUUGGAGUGUCUGAGCUCAUCAAGGCUCAGAACAACGGAUGGUACAAGCUGCUGAACCAGGAGGAGGGCGAGUACUACAACGUUCCCAUCGCCGAGGUGGACGACGUCAACCUGGAGCUCCGGCAGAAGUUCGAGGCCUGCCAGUUAAACAUCCACUAUCUGAAGAAAGCCAAGCUGGGUCACGGCAAGAAGGUGAUCACGCCGUCGGACCACCGGCGGUUCAGCCUGCCGUCGGGGAACAUGGACCGGGUCCGGCUCAGCGACUUCAACUUCCUGGCGCUGCUGGGGAAGGGCAGCUUCGGCAAGGUGAUGCUGGCGGAGAUGAAGUCCACGGAGGAGCUGUAUGCCAUCAAGAUCCUGAAGAAGGACGUCGUGAUCCAGGACGACGACGUCGAGUGUACGAUGGUGGAGAAGAGAGUCCUGGCCCAGAGAGACAAGCCGCCGUUCCUCACGCAGCUGCACUCCUGCUUCCAGACGGUGGAUCGCCUGUACUUUGUGAUGGAGUACAUCAACGGAGGAGACCUCAUGUAUCACAUCCAGCGCAUGGGCAAGUUCAAGGAGCCGCAGGCAGUGUUUUAUGCAGCAGAGAUUGCUGUUGGUUUGUUUUUCUUGCACCGAAAGGGAAUCAUCUACAGGGAUCUGAAGCUGGACAACGUGAUGCUGGACUCGGAGGGCCACAUCAAGAUCGCAGACUUCGGCAUGUGUAAGGAGAACAUGUACGAGGGGAUGAGCACGCGCACCUUCUGCGGCACCCCGGACUACAUCGCACCCGAGAUCAUAGCGUACCAGCCGUAUGGGAAGUCUGUGGACUGGUGGGCGUAUGGAGUGCUGCUGUAUGAGAUGCUGGCGGGACAGCCGCCGUUCGACGGAGAAGAUGAGGACGAGCUCUUCCAGUCCAUCAUGGAGCACAACGUGUCCUACCCCAAGUCCAUGUCCAAGGAGGCCGUGUCCAUCUGCAAAGGACUGAUGACCAAACACCCGUCGAAGCGCCUCGGCUGCGGCCCAGAAGGCGAGCGGGACAUCAGGGAGCAGGCCUUCUUCAGACGCAUCGACUGGGAGCGGCUGGCCAACAGAGAGAUCCAGCCGCCAUUCAAACCCAAAGUGUGCGGCAAAGGAGCAGAAAACUUCGACAAGUUCUUCACACGCACUCAGCCCGUCCUGACCCCUCCGGACCAGCUGGUCAUCGCCAACAUCGACCAGAGCGAGUUCGCCGGCUUCUCCUACAUCAACCCUCAGUUCAGCCAUCCGUCCCUGCACAGCGUGGUAUGAGGGGAGGCGGGGAGCUGGAAGAACGCAUGACUGUCACCGAAUACAGGUUCCCUCCGAUCUCCACCAAAUAUCCCGCCGCCAGCAGACCUCUGCAGUGUUCU